AUGACCAAUGCGGACGAUGACCGCAGUCUCGAGGUCCAGGCGGUCGCCGCCGUCUUCAUGUCGGUGGCCUGCGUCGCCGUCAUGAUGCGCUGCUAUGUGCGCGGAUGGGUUGUGAAGGGCUUCGGAUGGGAUGACGGGACUAUGGUUAUUGCCGUGGUAUUCCAAGUUAUGUUCUCGGCCUGCAUGAUCGGAGGCACGAUAUACGGCACGGGGCGGCGAUUUGCCGAUCUAACGGCCCAUGAACGAGUCACGGCCAUGAAGUACUGGUGGCUCUGCGAAAUCGCUUACUGCUUUGCCUCUAUCUUCUGCAAGAUCUCAGUCUGCAUCUUCCUGAUGCGCAUCACCGUCAAGCAGAUCCACAUAUGGGCCCUGUACACCGUCAUGGUUUUGACCGUACUAGCCGGUCUGGUCUUCAUGUUCCUCAUGUUGCUGCAAUGCAAGCCACUCGCCUACUUCUGGACCCGCACGGCUUUCGAUCCGGAUAUUAACGGCCACUGCAUCAAUAUCGACAUCAUCAUCGCCAUGACCUACGUGUACAGUGCGUUUGCGGCGCUGUGCGAUUUUACGGUGGGCAUCCUGCCGAUCUUCUUGGUGAGGAAGUUGCACAUGAAGAAGCAGACCAAGAUUGCGGUGGUGGGUAUUUUGAGUAUGGCGUGCAUUGCGUCGUCCGCGGUGAUUAUUCGCAUUCCCUACGUCAAAACAUUCGCCGAUCCGGAUUUUCUCUACGCAACCGUCGAAAUCGCUAUCUGGUCGAAUAUUGAAACCGGCCUAGGUAUAACAGCCGGCAGCCUAGCGACUUUGCGCCCACUCCUACGACAUUGGCUUGGCUCGCGCUCCGACCCGGACUACUCAACGCCUUUCCCGGGACGCUCGGCAUCCCGGAGGGCAGCCGGGGGCGCCAGUCGCGAGCGUCCAUUCCCUCUCGGCUCCCUAGACAACGACGUGCAGAGUCGGCUCCGGCCUGAUAAACUGGCCGUCACGGUGACGACGAUCCAGAGCCAGAGCCAGCAUGACGCGGACCAGUCGUGGCGCGGCGGUCCGAGUAGUCCGAACAGUAGUGAAGAGCGGCUAACUGUUGCCCAGCCGUCGCCGGUCUUGGUGCACGAUGGCGGCGAGAUGGGAUUGAGCAUUCACCAAACGUUUGAGGUGACGCAAACGUCGUCCGGGGGUGCUGCCGGUGCUUCUGGGGGUUCGGGUCCAUCCGGUGGGGAGGAGAGGGUGGGUGUUAGAGAGCAUGUUUGA